GGUCGCCAGACCUCAGCCUCCGAGGGCUCGCCAUCCGUACAAAGAUCUCCAUCUCAUCGUGUUUUGGGCUCAACUCGAAAGUCUGCUCAACCCUCCGAUGAUGUGCAACAGCAGGUCCAGGAGCCGGACAGGGAUGUCGAUGAGGACAGUGUAGUGGUAGCCGCUGCUCAGCCCACCCGACGACCCGCUCGACCCUCUCGACCCUCUCAGCCACAACCGCAACGACCGCCGCCCUCUCGACCCCAGCAACCGGAAGGGGAGGGCGAGGGUGAGGGCCACGAGCCGGCACCUGAACCCUAUUCCUUCUCAUACUCUGUCGACGACCCGGAGACGGGUGGCUCCAGUAGUCGGGAGGAGACUCAGGACGCAAACGGAGAGAUCACUGGUUUCUACGAUAUUAAGGACAAAGACGGCCGCACCCGACGUGUGGAAUACACGGCCGGAAAGGAUGGCUUCAAAGCUACGAUUAAGUCUAACGAGGAGGGGCUGAAUGCCAGAGCGCCGGCGGACGUGAACAUCGAGUUGAGCGCAUCGCCAUCGGAAAGGGUCCAGUCGUACGCCCCCAACAACCGGCCCGUCGCCAGUGUCAAGGGAUGGGGUCGACCCAUACAGGGGGACCGCUUUUUCCAACGACUGGUGCCCGUGAGACCAGCACAGGCCCAACCGGUGGCCGCCACACAACCAGUGCCCGCAGCCAUCGCUCAGCAGCCCAUUGAACAGACUCGCGACGACUCGCGUAUAUCCCAGGCCUACGAUACCGGCGCUAAUGAGCCACAAAUCACGCAACAGAGAAAUAUCAAUGAGGACGAGGAGGCGCCCCUCGAGAGCGCACCCGUCAAAGGACCGGCAACUGUGGUCCGGGUGGUCAGACCAGUCCAACAGCGACCCGUCUCCGCGUUCGCGCCGCAGAGGGUUCACACGUUUAGAGAACAGGGAGGGACUACCGGCGCUCAGAGGCUGUUUGAGCCACAAGUCCGCGAAGAGAUUCCCAAUAAUAUACAGGGUUUGUAUCAUUGGUUUAUGCCUACCAUUCCCUCAGACACUUACCCAGACAUUCAACAGACCGGACAAUCAGCACCGGUAGCACAAUCACCACCCGAGAGCACAAAGACCAUAGCGACCGCACAGGUGGCCCCACCCGUUCGCGCAUACCCUGCCCUGAGGCCGCUGUCACCCCUAUUGGGCACCGCUAGCCCUCAACUGCCAACUGUCCAACCGGUUUUCACGCAAUACUUCACCCGAGGCAAUGGUGCUCCGGAUACCGGUGCCUUCCAAGUGCAACAACAGCAGCAAACAGUUCCUAAUUUAGUGCCAUUGACGCCGCCAUCCAAUAACAUUGUGUUCCAACAGCAGCACCGGGAGCCCAUCACUCAACAACAGCUCCUGGAGUUCCUGCACCCCAUACAGACUGUCCAGUCGACGCCACAGCAGCCCAUUGUCUUUGACUCCCCGGCCCCUCGACCCAUACAACUGUUCUCAUCGGUCGACAACACCGGUCUCUCAUACUUCCCGACCCAACAACAGGCCCCUCAGCCACAGCCCCCACAGCAGCAGCCGUUUGGUGGCUAUAGGAUUGUGUUGCAACACCGGGAAGAGGGACAGCGACAGGAUCUGCUUCAGCCCCGGGAGCAGGAAGUCAUACAACAGGAGAAACUGAAUGAAGAGCCCGAACAGAGAUCUGAAUUAAGAUCCGAUUCUCAGGUGCAAGAGCUGCAACCACCGCCAGCACCCAUACAGGUAUCGCUGCCAACCGUACCCGUAAGCCAACCCAUUCAAUACCGACCCCUACCUGUUAUCCAACGCCAAGAGCCACUGGUUUUUGAGCCGCAAGUCUACGAACCCCAUAAUGUGCAGCAAUACGAGCCCCUACAGCAACAACAGGCCGAUGAGCCGGUCGAGGAGAGUAGGUCUGGCCCGUCAGCGCCGGUAGAGAAGUGUGAGUGCGCUCAACGACAACGAGACGCCGAGUCGCAGCGCGUGGAGGCCGUGAAGGGACAGUCGUCGGCACCGGCCGGUGCCGUUAAGGGCGGACGCGUAUCGCCGGCCCGUAAUAUCCACGCAUUCUUACCUCACGCCUAUCGUAACUGA